AUGUCGGGACCGUCAUGUCUGUCGAGCGCUGCAACGAUAUGCAUCGGCGCAUUGCUGGCCCUCAAUGCCCACGCGAGCCCAACGUUAAAACGCAGUGUAAUCCAUGAUUGGAACGAGAUUACACCGUCUUCCAGCAUCAGUUGGACACCCUGUUUCGACCAAUAUACCUGCGCAAAGCUCGAAGUUCCGAUAGAUUAUAAUGAUCCGUCAGUGGGGACGACAUCGCUUGCUUUUAUCAAACUCGCCGCAGAGAAAGACCCGGACACGGCACCGAACCUGGUCAUUAACAAUGGCGGACCGGGCCAGUCUGGGAUUAGUUUCUUAAUGAGAUUCCCAUCACAAUUGCGAGAGGCGUUUGGAGCCCAAUACAACCUAGUCUCCUUCGAUCCGCGGGGGGUGAACAACAGCGGUCUCAGCGUGGAUUGUUUUGCCGGCGAUACAGCUGCGCGGAAGCAAUUUAGCACACAAUACUACGGUCUAGUCUCUGACGCCUCCCGAAAUGCGAGGCAAACCGAAUUCAACGCCGCCACGGCCUACGGAAAGGCCUGUAGCAGCGCACUAGCCACAAACACAUCCGCCAAAUACAUCAGCACGCCGGCUGUCGCUAGAGACCUGCUCACCUAUGCUGAAGCGGAGAGCAAUGCACUGGGGAACCCUGAAGGGAAGGCCAAGUUGUGGCUGUAUGCUAUGAGCUAUGGAACGGUGAUUGGGACGACGUUCGCGUCCAUGUUCCCCAAUAACGUGGGCCGGCUGAUCAUGGAUGGCGUGUUCGACGACGAAGACUACUACAAUGGGAAAUGGGAAUCGCACGGUUACGACGCCGAUAUGGCUGUGGUGUCAUUCUCGAAAUUCUGCCAUGAGGCAGGCCAGGAUACGUGUGCGUUUUGGAGUCCAUCCCCGCAGAAAAUCAUGGAUCGUCUUGAUGGAAUGAUGGACAAGUUGAGGGGAAACAAGCCAGAAGUAUAUGCCAACCUGGUGCAUACACUGAUGCUGUCGGUCUAUGCGCCGCUCAUGAUGUUCCCAAACCUAGCUCAAAGUCUCGCAAUGUUGGAAAAGGGCAACUCGAGCAGUAUUGCUGCCAGUGGCUCGUUUUUGAACCUGGGGAGUGACUCACAAACGCUGAUCCCAUGCAUCGACAGCUAUGGACUGGCAAGGCUGGAUGCUCUGAACCAAUAUGACGAUUAUGCUUCUUUGCUCAUCGACCAGAGCAAAUACAUCGGUCCUGGCAUGGUUGGACUCAACCCGAGGACAUUGUGUCACAAUCUGGAUCUUGAUCUACCGAUAGGGUCGAGUUUCGCAGGCUCCUUACCACCCAGCAGUAAGAAUACUGCCUUUCCGGUUCUUUUUAUUAGCAACACGAUUGAUCCGAUCACGCCACUCAGAGGAGCACAAAAGAUGCACCGUGCCUUUCCUCAGUCGUCUCUCCUGACGCAGGAGAACGUUGGCCACACUGUCAUUGCGGGUGCGUCCGAGUGCUUCAUCCAGAAUGUGCAGAACUAUCUCGCUGGUACUGUUCCUGCGGACUCCGUGCAAUGCGACUGGGAUCGAAUUCCGUUUAAGGAUCCUACCUUCAUGUCUCCGAUAUAA